AUGUUGAUACAGACACAUCUGGCCGAUCUCAAGGCUACUGUACAUGCCUUUGCGGUUAUGGUUAGCCAGACUGGUUUCGGCAAGGCAGAUGGUACCUACUUGAGCCAACAGGCAAAAGGGUUUGAAACAGAGCUCAACGUGCUGGCUGAGAAGAUACAGAAAAUUUCACAUACUGGUAUUAUGUAA